AUGCUUCCCGUGAGCCAGGCCUUGCGGCGUGGUUUCGCAUCCAGUACUGGCCGCCAAGGCUACUCGGACACUCUCUCCAACCUGGCGGCAGGCCCACACUCCAAUGUGAUCGUACAAGGCUUCACGGGCAAAGCGUCGACGGUGCACACACAGAUCUCGCUCGACAUGGGCACCAACGUCGUCGCAGGCGUGUCCCCCGGCAAAGGCGGUUCCAAGCACCUCGGUGGCCGGCCCGUGUUCAACUCCGUUCGCGAAGUGCUCGACUCCGGGAUCCGCGUCGAUGCCACGUCCGUCUUCGUACCCCCCGCGCUUGCGGCGGAUGCGAUCAUCGAAGCGAUCCAUGCCGAGAUCCCCUUGAUCGUCAGCGUCGCCGAGGGCGUCCCCGUCAAAGACCAGUUCCGCGUCAUGGAGGCGCUGCACUCGCAGUCCAAGUCGCGUCUGCUGGGAGCGAACAGUCCCGGCUUCUGCAAUCCGAGGGGUUGCAGGAUGGGCAUUGCGCCAAUGAUCACGUGCGCGCCGGGGCCGGUGGGGAUUACGUCCCGGUCGGGGACGUUGUCGUAUGAGGCUGCAUACGCCACGAAGAGGCUGGGCCAGUCGUACAUCUUGGGCCUCGGGGGCGAUUUCUACCCGGGCACGCGCACGGUCGAAGCGCUCGAGUUUCUGUUCAAUGAUCCAGACACACAGGCUAUUGUACUCGCCGGCGAGAUAGGAGGGACGAUGGAGGAAGAGGUGUAUCACCUACUCAGCGACCCCGCGUCCAAGUACAGGCAGAAGGCCGAUGCGCACAAGUUCGUCAAGCCCAUCGUAGGCUUCAUUGCCGGCCUCAACACGCCUCCUGGUCAGAUGUUCGGCCAUGCAGGCGCCAUCUGGCGUGACGGCACGAGUAGUGCAAUCGAGAAGAAGAAGAUGUGGCAAGAGGUGGGGAUCAGGAUGGCUGAUGCCAUUGCAGAUGUCGGCAAGUUGAUCGAGCAAGAGAUGGACAGGUACGGAGUCUCAGCGAGCAAGAAGUAG